AUGAGGAAGGACAACAGGCCAUAUUUCGUCUGCAAGCGCUGCAAAGACUCCUGGGUUUUCUGUCAUAAGGCAGAGACCGAGCAGGUUUGCAACAAAUGCGGCGCAAAGUGGCCCAAGUACAAUAAGCCCAAUCCCGUGCCUCAAGGAGGACAAGCCCGAGAUACGAGGGAAAGGUCCCAGCCUCGCCGGGCACCAAAGCAACAGAAUGUAGCGCAGCGCGCGCUGCGUACUGUGUGGGAAGCCCUACCUGCGCCGGUCAAGGAUACCAUCGAGAAUGUGGGCUGGACACCACCAGCACCAUCCGCACCACCAGGCUUGUCCCAAGGCAACAGGCCCACGGCUAAGGCACCGCGAGACACCAAUCGUGGAGGCAAAGGCAAAGGCAAAGGACGGCCAGCGGCUUCGCAAGACAGCGAACAACCCGAUGAAGCACAAGAAGCGCUGAGAGCCCUUUUUGCCACCGCUGCAGACGAUCAAAAGGAGCUUCUGCUCAAGCUUGGGUUCGAGGCCCCCCAGGAGGCCGCGCCAGAUCUCACCGAGCUUCUCAAGAAGCACAUCGCGCAGCUGCCACCAGCGGUUCGGGCGGCAGUGGAGGAGCCACCCCCCGAGCCCCUUUCCGCGCAGGAACAGCUCACAGACACGUCACGCAAGUACAAAGACGCCACUACCGAGCUGAGGCUAUUGAUCACGCGCAAGUCAGCUUUGCAACUCAAGUUGGAUAAGCAUAAGAAGGCUUACAACGACAUGUUGCGGGACAUGCAAGCCCUCGAUGCCUCGCUUAAGGAAAAGCAAGACACCGUGACGGGUCUCCAGACCGAGCUUCAGUCUUCGGUUGAAGCGGCUAUCGCGCCGGGGGGGGGGCCUGAUAUCGAGGCGGAAUUCUUCAAGCACCUCGCCCAGCUCAGCGAUGACCACCUGCAGGACAUCAAGGAAAGGCUGUGCCUCACGAUCGACGAUGCAGCCAAACGCCGCAAAGUAACCAAUGCUACCGUCCCAGACGCAGACAUGAGGCCCAGGGAAGCGGAACCACCCGCCACAGGAAAGGCAUCGGGGACCAUGGGUGUUUGCCACACCACAGGUCCUGCCUACCGAGAUUACAGCAACUGCACAGACUUUGACCGCCCCGACGAAGCACCACAGGCCAACCAGGAUUUGGAGCCCGCUAGCCCGAUGGCCAUAGCGAGUGCUGGGCACAACACUGGCACACAAAGCACGUGGACUUCAAUUUCACAGACCCGCGGGCCACCGGGCCAGUGCGGACCGACCACGAGGAGCAAACCAAAGAGCCUGAAGACCAAGCGCCGCCGCAGACGUCAGGAAAGGGAGCAUAGCAUCCCGCAGAUACACGAUCUAGCGGCCCUCCUCCGAUCGCACUCUGUCGAGCACCCAGCCGUUCAUCAAGCCGCCAUAGACCUGGCGGAAUGGGUCGAGUCAGAACGGAUGCCGGAAGAGUCGUUGGAAAGCCAGGUAGCCUGGUGUGUUCUUGAACACUGUUCUGGCACUCCUGGCCCACUUGACACGCACACGCUGGCGGCUUUCCUGGAUGGAGCCGAAGAAGCGUACAGCCCUGAGCAAGGAGAGCCCCUCCAAUUAGCUGUCGCUAAUGUCACUAAGUGGCGCCCGGACAUUCUUCGGUGGUUCCAGCAAACGAAGGCCAGCUGCUUUCUUGGCCAGGAGACUCACCUCAAUAGUGAGCAAACGCAACAGGCCAGGGCCAGUCUGGCCGGAGUGGGCUUGCACUCUUUCUGGGCUGGAGCCACAGAAGGCAAGCAAUCCAAAGGCGGGAUUGUGGUUGCCACGCCCUGGCAGUCGCACCCCAGACUGGUGCAGGAACGCACGGUCGAAGGCUGCGGCUACCUUGCGGUGGAACUACCCCGCGUCAAGUGGCGUUUGGUGGUAAUCACAGUCUACCUCAAGGCCGGCACAGGGCUCCAUGUCGAGCCCAACGCCAGCUUGUUGGCCGACUUAAUGGCUCUCACCAAAACGCUCCCCAACUGGGUUGCAGCAGGGGACUGGAAUGUUGACGUUGAUAAGUUUGCCAGCACCAACAUCAACACCAUCCUCGGAGCCGAGAUCAUUGCGGAUAAGGCAGCUGCCAUCAGCACAGGCAACACACUCGAUUUUGUCCUUGCCAGUCGCUCGGUGGCUCCGAUGCUCACCCUUACAGUUGAUAAGGCGGUCCCUUUUGCCCCGCACUUCGCUCUGAACCUCACGCUCAACUUAGAACACGGCAUGUGCCACCUACCUACUCUGCCUGCCUUCCCUGGCCCACCUGGGCCGUACGACACCAAGGUUGUGCAGAACUACGAUCAGGACAUUGCAGGCUCGGCGCCGGAGAAUGGGGUUGCCCCUCCCGGCGCCAGCUGCGCUGCCCCACAGGAUCAACACCGCCUCCUCAACGGAGAUACCCUCGACAUCGGAGGGGUGAAACUGGACAACAGUGGCACCACUGCGGCGUUUGCGGCCCUUUCCACCAGUGUUGAGCGCAGCGUCUUUAACGCUGUGCACGGCCGAGGGGUUGCAAGGCCCGUUGCCUACCAACCCCUGCUCAGGGAUGACAGAGCCCCGCAAAGGUGGCACGGCAAACAACUAGCCUUCCUCACGCAAACCUUGCAGGCUCUCAAACAGUGCCGGCCCCUGGCCCCGCUACCCUCUGAGGUGCACAAGCUUGCCCUUGGGUACAUAGAGGAACUUGGGCCUGAACAGGAAGCCCCGGCAUGGCUAGCGACGCUUGGUGUGAUUGCAGGGGAAGCCUCGCCACCCAGUGCCGAUCUCUCCAAGGUGCAGCUGGAGACCGCCAUCGCCCUGUUGACCAACGACGAGGCUCAAGAACGCGUCUUAGCAGGCUGCCCUGCGGCAGUUGCACUCAGCAAGGUUGCCCUCUGGCCAGCUUGCUCCCAAGUGCUCAACCAGAAAGCUGUCGACACAGCGGAUACCUGGGUCGACGAUCUUUCUGUGGACUUCUGUGGCAACAACCCUCAACAAGUCGCAGCUAAGGGCUUGCGCGUGGCAAGGGCCUUGUUUCAGGCUCUAAGUGACGAGGGGCUGCAGGUCUCUUUCAAAAAGACCACCUGGAUUGCAUCCAGCUCGGCAGUUCAGGCCGCCUUGAAGCAACAGUCCAAAGGGGACCCUGUCCAGGUCUCGUCCGUUGCAAAAGACUUGGGUAUAGCCAAUGCUGCCGGCAGGGCUCGCCGCACUCAGGUGCAAAGCAACCGUUUGACAAAAGGCAACGCCAGAAGCUCCAAGCUACAGAACUUAAAAGUUCACAAAACCAGCCAUCGUGUGCGAGUGUCCAAGAUGGGCUGCUUGUCUGCUGCGAUCUGGGGCCACCAAGGCCUUGGCCUCAGCCCCAAGCAAAUGCGAGCCUUUCGCACUCACUCGGCCGUCGCCGCACGAAGGUAUAAGCUUGGGAGUGUUGAUGUUGUUUUCAGCCUAGGAGAAGGAAACUGCUGCGAUCCCCUGCAAACGGUGGUGAUCCAGCAUUGGCGCACUUUGCACAAGCUGCUCUUCGCCCAUGACGUACCUCAGCAGUACCUUCGUCUCUGGCAGGUCACGUGGGACAAACUGAGCAAGUCAUCCAAGAGAUGGUCCCUUGUCAAAGGACCUGUGGCAGCUAUGAUCGCCUACCUCCAAGACCAUGGGGUUGAUGCCCAGGACCCCUUUUCUUGGAAGUGCCCCACCAACAGCCUCAAAGGCCAGGGGCUAUGGUCCUUCCCUGCUGACAUCAUAUCCCUGCAGCCCAGCCCUUCUUCGCGGCAUCGAGGGGAGGAAGGACUGCGUCGCCUGCUGCAGUUUUGGACAAACCGCAGAAUCGGUCAGCAGGACGCCUGCGAGGGAGCGGCCCAAGGGGUCGACUGGACAGUGCCCAGACGCCUCCUUCGCACGCAAGCUGCCAAGCCCAACCACCUGACCUCGCUGCGGACU